AUCUCGUCAUCCAUCGAAAGUGAAACGACGUUCUUCGUCCGGAGCGCAGGACCUCUUUUUUCAACCGGAUUCACUUUCGUGCGCGCCGUAUGUUUACGUACGGUAGCCCCGAGAUUUCGUAACUUCAUUCAAGCGGGAUCCUCUGGAGUGCUCUCAUCGCGUGCCACCACUACCCACAGCAAUCGCACACUCUCGGUACAGCAGCUGAGAGUAAGUAACCACGCGACAUCAUCAGUCCAGUCAGUGCCGUCGCUGUUACCGCACCACUUCUUCAUCGACAACCCGGGACAAAACCGGACUAUCAACCAGUCCACCACGACACCUCAAUCUGAUUAGUCAGGCAAGGCUAGCAAGCAAGCAGCAGUAGUACUAGUCCAGUGCAAUUCUCAAGACGGGUGCUACCGAUCUUGCGAGGAAGAAGCAACAGCAACAACGGAAGAAGACAGUAGAGUGGCCAAGAUUUUUUAAUGGGUACUUACCUCGCGUGCCACCAUUGACAAUCGUCAGUUGUGUAUUGAUUUUCCCGGCGUACGGACGUGUGUUCUCUGCGUUCCGGCCUCUAAGCAAGCAGCUCACGUGGUGUGUUCUGUAUCCUCAAGUCAAACCAACAAUCGGAAGUUCCUAGCAGCAGUAGCAUCAGCAGUAGUGUGUGACUAGAAACAAAAAGUCAGUCAGUGUUUAACACAAAUCAACUCAAGAAUCAUAAAGCAAAGCGAAGCAGCAGUUACUGUUACUACUAAUUUUAAUCUCUCAUACAAAACAAACAAAUCAACGGUCUUUCGCCUCAGAAAACCGCCAAGGCACGGCCCAUAGUUCCUCUCGUGUUACGGAAAUAGUGAAUCUACUCUGAAACACUAUUCAACUUGCUCUCUGUUGAUGGUGUAGGAGUAACUUAUUUCUUAAUCUGAACCGCCAAAACUAAUCCAAGGAUUAAGUCUAGUGUGUGAAACCCCACCAAAUCAAAACCAAAACCCCCAAAAACAACAACCAAGUGCAAAUGAAAAUAGUGCAAAUGUUAUUCUAAACUCUGAAGAAGAAUCUGUCUUUUGGUAGUGAGUGUUGUGUAUAGUAAAUUAUACGAGUUAUACAGUCUUAGUGAAAUAUUUCGUCGCCAAACAACAAUUGUUGGAAAGCUCUAGCUUUUCCACCGAUUUCGCAACGAUCGCAGCAGGCAAUGGCAUUGUCAUUGCUGCAGGAAGCCCAAACAGCACGAGGAUUAGCUGCCGUUCGUAGUACUCUGGAAGGAAUGAAGCGUGAAGAGGAGCGCAGCAUGUCGGUGUCACCCCCGUUGACCGGUCAACAUCAUCACCCGUCGCACCAUCACCAUCUGAACAUGGGCGUCAAUCAUAGUCCGACCAUUUUCGGAGGCUAUCCGCCGUCGGCAAUGGGUAUGCUGGCACCGCAGCUGCUCGCCGCCAAUCAAACAGCAGCCGCCGCUCUGAUGGCCGCCGGACUCCCGAUGUCCCUGAGAGCUACCCUGGCCACCGGACUAUUCCCACCACAUCCGGCUCUCUUCGGCGCCUGGGCUCCACCGACCCCAAACAGUAACAACAGCAGCCCUCCACCACCACAAAGUCCCAUCUCACCGGCUCUCAGCUACAAGAGCUCUAAAUCCCUCAAGCUCACCAUGAACAAUAACAAUCACAUCGUAUCGACGACCUCCGAAAUUCUACCUCAACAGAAGAAGAUGGGCAAGCGGAAACAGCUACAAUCCCCCGGAUCUCUACAAAGUAUUCCUGUAGACAUCCCAAUUAGGGACAUGGUUAGCCCCGGCCCAAUCUCUCCACCUACCUCUGGAUCAUCGCCACAAUCCAACGGAAGCGUCGAACUUCCAUCACCUGCCAUAACUACCUCAAGCUCCCGGGAUCCCUCCCGAGACAAAGUGUUCACCUGUAAGAUCUGCAACCGCUCCUUUGGCUACAAGCACGUACUCCAGAACCACGAACGGACCCACACCGGCGAGAAGCCCUUCGAGUGCCCCGAAUGUCACAAACGCUUCACCCGGGAUCACCACCUGAAGACCCACAUGCGGCUGCACACCGGCGAGAAGCCCUACUCCUGUAGUCAUUGCGAUCGCCAAUUUGUCCAGGUUGCCAACCUCCGACGGCACCUCCGAGUUCACACCGGCGAAAAACCCUACGAGUGCGAAAUGUGCGAACAAAAGUUCAGCGACUCCAACCAACUGAAAGCCCACAUGCUCAGCCACAACGGCCAGCGGCCCUUCCACUGUGAUCGAUGCAACUCCAGCUACCGAAGGCGGCACCACCUACUCCAUCACAAGUGCGGCAUCACCAGCCCACCAACUCCCGCCAUCAGCCCCGCCAUGUCCCUCUGCGACCAGAAGUCCGGCUGCUCCGAAAUGUCCGACCUCUCUAUGGACCUCAAACAAUCCGUGCCAUUCCACUCGCUCCACCAACCCAAAUUCCCUCUUUCCCUCAACCACCUCCCGAUGGACUUCAGCACUCCGGACAUCCACCACUCAGCAACCGCCAUCGACCUCCGCGCGGCUGCCGUCCGAACUCCCCAGCAAAUCUCCCACAUCAAGUCCUCCCUCCCGGAACAGACGGAACCCGAAGACCUGAGCAUGCACUCGCCUCGAUCCCCCGUCACCAUGGAGGAGCUCGAGGAACUGGACGACGCCGCCUCGCUGUACCUGAAACAGCGCCAGCACAAGCUGGCCAUGGCCGCCGCAGCUGCAGCAGCCGCCGCCGCCGCCCAACGUCACGGUAUGGAAUCUUAAACCAAACUAUCUCAAAACUUGCUCCCACCUCUCCCCUUCUAAAGAAAAAAUUGUUGUUGACAAAAAAAACGGAUACCAAAUAAUCAAAGGAUGCCAAGAGAAAAAUGAAACCAAAAACAAAAAAGAGUAGCUUAGUUAAGUGAAAGAAGCCAUCUUUAUAAGAUCAUUUAUUUUAAAAAAAAAAAAAAGGAUGACCCAAUCAAAAAUCAAACAAAUGAAUAUUAAAACCAUUGAAAAAGAUUUAAAUUAAAAGGAAAAAACAAUUUUAGUAACUGUGUCUCGCUAGUGAAAAAUAAUACCAACAAAACUGUGUAGAACAAACUUUAAAAACAAAACAAAAAUGGUUGCCAUCGCCAUUUUGUGAACCAAAAAAACAAUCUGUAAAUAGGAAACCCUCCAAAAAUGCCACACCCGCGUGAUCAAAAUGGCGACGGUGGCCUGCCAAAAACAAAUAUAAAUUAAAACAAAAUGAAAAUCUAAACAAACGGAGAAACAAAAAACAAAACCAAUUGCCACACACACUUACCGAUGUACAAAUCAAAGCAACCGCGACGGGUUCCAGCCACUCUUGCAACAACUGCAAAUCAGGGAAUAAAAACAUUUUAAAACAUGCGCAUACAAAUGUAAGAAAACGAAACAAAUAUUUAACCAAAGAACAAAAAAAAAACAAACGAACGGAUGAUUAGCUGUGUUGUAAACAAAUUUUACUAAACUUUUCAGUCAUUUUCACCACCGUAAACUUUUUCCCUCCUCAAACUUUAACAAAACAACCAAACAAUUUUCGAAGCUAUAAAAUGGUAUAAAAAGUUCCUCGUUUUUCUCGUGCGGUGCAACGGCUUACUAUGAUCUGUCCAAAACCGAAAAAAAAACCAAAAAUCGAAACAGCUGUUUGCUCUCUUUCUGAUCGAUUUAUAUCUGUCCCUCCUUCAUCUCCGUUAUUUCUUUCUCUCACCUGUUUGUGUAGAAAUGUAUUCGAUGGUCUGAACUUUUUCCGUUUUCCCAAAUGAUUAGCGAUGAAUAUGGAAAUUUUGUUAUCUUAUCCUAGUUAGAACCGAAACAAAAAAAUGAAAAAAAAAUCAAACAAAAAUUAAGUAAAUUAUAACCACAAAAGGUUAGGGUCUCUCAGUUGUUUUCCUAUUUGUGUAAGUUAUUUUUGCGUUGCAAACCUAAGUUUUACAACGAAAAUCGUCCCCUUGCUGAAAAUCAAAAUUACAAACUGUAAGGUGUUUUUUAUUUUCUAUUUUAAACGAUAACUAUUAUUAUUAUAUUAUAUUAUACUAUAUUUAGUUAGGUUCAUUGAACGCUUAGCCAACAACCCCCCACUCUAGCCAACAAAACAAACAAACCAACCAAGAUUUGUGCUUUUGAAAGCAGCGAACAAAAUCGAAAAACAAUUGUAUAUUUGCUCCCCCAACCCAAAUUCCCCCUGAUUUUUAUUGUGUAGAUGAUGAUGAUGACGUGAAGAAAAAAAAAACAAGAAACAAGU